AUGGCUGCACCAAGCUCUUCGAAGGACAAGUUCUUCAAGAAGGUCAUCAACCCCUACCUACCGGAGGUGUUGAAGCACCCUCAAUCCAUUGAGAUGCGUGAGGGGAUGCUCCACAUCUGGGAUGUUCAAGGGCCCAAGAAGACGGGAAGCGUGGAGGCCAAGCUCGAGGCGGUGGAGCAGGAGAUCUUCAAGUGCCAAGGGAUGGUAGAGCAUGGACUCAGUGCCAAUCACUCCAUGAUGACGGAAUUCACCCGUGAUCACAUGGUGGAUGGCCAGUCUAUGAAGGACAUCGUCUUUACAUUCAAUGAGCAAAAGAAUUUUCUGCAAAGCCAAAUCUAUGAUCUUCAAAAUAAAUUUUUUGAGUACGACGAAGCAAGGUUUAAAGGUAUGAGUUUAGCUGCAAGUUUCAGGACUCAGGUGGCUCGUGCAUUCUCUUAUGAUGGUGCACUCCUGCCAUGGUAG